AUGUGCUUUUCGUAAGAUAUACGCUGCAAAUUUCAAAAGAUGAACACACUUGACUUUGUGUCUGAGUGAGAGUGAGUGAGAAGAGAAAAUUCACAAAAUGAGCUCUAAAUCCAUGGAAACAGCCAACAACUCCGUCAAUUCCUCUCCACCAAGCCAAAGGUUAUUGGGAAAAGUGGCAUUAGUAACCGGAGGAGCCACCGGAAUAGGAGAGAGCAUCGUCCGUGUAUUCCACAACCACGGCGCAAAAGUUUGUUUUGUAGAUAUAAAUGAUAACGCUGGUCAACGCCUCUCUGAUUCCCUUUCCAGUGACUCAAACAUCUGUUUCAUUCACUGUGAUGUUAGUAAAGAAGAUGAUGUUCGGCAUGCUGUUGACUUCACAGUAGAAAAAUUUGGUGCCCUUGAUAUUAUGGUGAACAAUGCAGGGAUUUCAGGUUCUCCUUUCAGCGACAUCCGCAAUGUGGACCUAUCUGAUUUCGAGAAGAUAUUCGACACAAAUGUGAAGGGAGUUUUUCUGGGGAUGAAGCAUGCUGCUCGAAUAAUGAUCCCGUCAAAAAAAGGCUCCAUAAUUUCCAUGUCUAGUGUUACGAGCAUUAUAGCGGGCGCGGGCCCACAUGCAUACACAGGGUCCAAACACGCUGUUUUGGGCUUAACAAAGAGCGUGGCAGCUGAACUUGGACUUCACGGGAUACGGGUCAAUUGCGUUUCUCCCUACGUGGUUGCGACAAAUUUGUCCGUGGCACAUUUGCCCGAGGAAGAAAGGACGGAAGACGCUCUAGCUGGUGUCCGGGAUUUCAGUGCAAGGAACGCGAAUAUGCAAGGGGUGGAGUUGACUGCUGAUGAUGUGGCGAAUUGUGUGCUGUUUUUGGCGAGUGACGAGGCGAGGUAUGUAAGUGGGGAUAAUCUUGUGGUUGAUGGAGGGUUUGCAGUUUCGAAUCAUUCCCUAAGAGUCUUCAGAUGAUUAAUGUGAUUGUUCAUUAAACUUCUUAAUUGGAGUGAUUGGUAAUUUAAUUGAUGAUUCAAAUGGUGUUUUAUGAAAUCGGAGUGAUUUUAUUUCUGGUUUCCCACCUCUUUGUUGAUGCUUCAUGUUGUGUUAGUGAUCUAGCAUAACAAAUUGUUCAGAAUGACAUUGUUUAAAUAUGAGUGAUGCACAGAGCUUGGUUUUAUAAUCGA